CGGACGAGAAUAAGGGUCCCAACCGUAGCAUACUACUCUUCCCCCCACUCGCUUCAUGAUGACACCCACAUUUCAGCUUCCACAGUCGGGUCUAUUCAGGAAACGCUCCGAGCUCCUCAGCCGUGAUGCUCGAGUGGUUCUUUCAUACGAGAGGGCCAGGGCUAUUGGCCUAGCACAUGGCAUCACUCUUCAUGACACUUUGGAUUUGACGAAAAAAUUCUGGGACUUGCACACAGACCCCAUCUUGGGUUUGGAUGGGGCCGCGACCACGCUGCUGACAAUCCAAUACAAUUUGGUGGCAGGAACACUUGCACAAUAUGCUGCGACUACGAGACCUGAAUUGGUUCCUCUCGUCGAGGACCUUCUUCGAUGGAAUGUUAGUGGCCAAUUCUGCCUUACCGAGUUGGGGAGAGGUCUAGACAUCUUCCGAAUGAAGACAUCAGCAACACUUCUCCCAUCGGGCGAAUUUGAUCUUCAUACGCCUUCGCCCUCGGAUGCAAAAUUCAUGCCGCCGACUGUUCCAGUGAAAGGUCUGUCAUGUAUCGCCAUUGUUUUCGCACAACUCUACGUGAAUGGUGAAUGCCGUGGACCUAGACCGUUUCUAGUCAACAUAAACGAUGGAUAUGAUAUGUGCAUUGGGGUGACUGCGAAGCUACUACCUCCUAGAGGAGGCUCGACUCCCGUCAACCAUUCGCUGACAAACUUUCAUCAUGUCCGCCUACCGCCUUCAGCCCUUCUGGGGAACCUCAACAAGUCCGACAGAAUACAUCGUGACUUUAUGUCCUCCAUAUGGCGUGUCGCGGUCGGGUCGCUAGCACUUGGCUCAAUUACAGUCCCUAAUUUCCAGGUGUCAUCAUACAUCGCCGCGCGUUACUUUCAGCGUCGUCAUGUCACCGGCGUGCAUGGAAAGCUUGUACCCAUACUUUCAUUCCGGACGCAGCAGCUCCCUUUAAUGCAUGCCAUCGCUCAGGCAUUUGUGCUAAAAGCGCUAUUUAAAUGGGCUAUCGAAGCGUUCAUGGACAAGAAUCUUGAUGUUCGUGUGCGACAUGGCGUCGCGGCUUGCUGUAAGGCAGUCGGGGUUCAACACGCACAGGUUGCAAAUUGUGCCCUGUCUGAAAGACUCGGAGCUCAAGGCCUCUUCGAAUAUAAUCAACUGUCCAAUAUUUAUAGCGAGAUGAGGGGAAUUAGCAUUGCUGAAGGCGACAUUCUAGGGUUAUCCAUGCGACUCGUGGCAGAUACUUUGGCGCAGACGUACACGUUACCACCCUCGACACACCAAGACAGCCCUCUUGCAUUGCAUGAAGUCUCGUUAUUCGAGGAGGCAACUGAGACAGUCUCCUCCUCAGCCGACUUCACCCAAGCGUUCAUGCAAUACGUACAGCCGCGCUGUCAGCUGAUGGUCGAGUCUAUGGGACACCGCAUGGCCUAUGACGCUGCCAUCGACCAAGGCGUUUCACAGUAUCUCAUCGAUCUGUAUCUCAUCAACGCAAUCAAGACGGAUUCAGCGUGGUAUGUAGAACGUGGUAUGUUUACGCGGCAGACCAUCAUGCGUAUGGAGGAUGCUGCUUUGUCGGCAGCUUUGCCCCACCUGGACGAGUUGCUCGCCGAGAUGAAGGUUGAGCCAUACAUCACGUCACCCAUCAUAUCAGAUGAGCGAUGGGAGGCAUUUAGCAAGACAUUGCCUGUUUAUAGCUCCCCUUGGGCUGAGACAUCGCAGCAGAAGCCUUUCGUUUUGGAGCGGGCUCGACUGUGAUGCAAGCUCUCAGUUGUGAUGUUGUUUUGGCCUUGCAUAGAAAUACGGUGGAUAGUUUUUGACGGUUGGAAUUGCUAGUCAGGUUACUCAUAAUUAGGGUUUGUCUAUUCUAUUAGUGCUAAAGGGGG